GAAAAAGUAACGAAAACUCCAACAACAUUUUGUUUUCUUUCCCCCCCUAGAAAGCUCGAGAAAAUGCCGAGAAACAGUGAGGUAGAGGAAGAGAACGUGGGCACAACGACGAGCACCGCCGACACCACCACUACCAGACUGAGAAGUAGAGCAGAUCCUGUUCUGGUAGUGUUUAGGUGCUUCAGCUUCGUGACCGCUUUAGCUGCCAUUCUCUGCAUCGUCGCCAAUGUCCUCUCCGCCAUUCGAUCCUUCAAAAACGGAUCUGACAUUUUCGAUGGCAUAUUUCGAUGUUACGCGAUUGUGAUAGCGGGUUUCGUUGUCCUAGCCGAAACUGAAUGGAGUUUCAUCAUCAAGUUCUGGCAGGUUUUGGAGUAUUUGGCUGCGAGGGGUAUGCUGCAAAUCUUUGUUGCGGUCAUGACAAGGGCUUUCCCUGAUUAUACUGGGGAGCGAAAGGAGCUUGUUCUUCUACAGGAAAUAUCGAGCUAUUUGCUACUUGCCUGUGGCGUAGUUUAUGUUGUUUCAGGAAUCCUGUGCAUUGGUUUUCUUAAACGUCAUCGCCAGAAGCUAGAGACCACAAGAGAUCAAGCAGUAAAGGAUCUGAAGGAGUUGGAACGGCGCAGGGAGGAACUUGAACAACUGCUCCUUGCAGAAAGAGCUUAAAACUUUUGAAAUAUGUAGUGCUGAAAUUGAUCCAUAGUGAAGAUACCUCCACAGCAAACCUAUGAAACUCUGUUUUAGUUUUGUUGCUUACAGAAUUGUUUGUUCAUUCUUUGUAACUAUUGAAUUGUGUUCUUAAAGGUAGGGUGUUAAGGUUAGGCUAUUGGCCUAUUAUUUGUAAAUAUGUAAAGAAACAUUCAAAUUUGUGUUUCAACGUUUAUUUAGAAGUUUAAGUCCAACUAUAACUGACGUCAGAUAAUAAACUCUCUACUUUUUAAGAGAAGUUUCUGUUGUAAAAUGUACAUUUU